AUGAAUUUAUCAAGUAUAAAUGUUACUCAUUCAAUAGAAUCUUUAUCUUCAUCAAGUUCGCCAGAAUUAUUAAAUACUAAUACAAUGUUAACAACUAAUAAUUAUACUAUAAAUUCAAAUCUACCAUCAAUCAUUCAAACAAAUACUAAAUUAAAUGGUAAUGAAUUGAAAUUAAACUCUAAUCUAUAUCAUCCACCACCACCACCUCCUCCACCUCAACCCCCUCAACCUCCUCCUUCUCAUCAACAUCAUCAUCAUCCACAACAACAACAACAUCAUUGUCAUUCGAAUUAUCCACAAGAAAAUCAUGAAGUAACAUCAUCAUCGUCGUCACCAUCAUCUACAUCAACAUCUAAUGGGAUAAUAUCAAUGAAUAAUUUAACUAAUUCAUUAUUAUAUCCAUUUUCAUCAAAUCUAUUAUUACAAGAAUCAUUUAUUCAUUUAAUUUAUUCAACAUGUUUAAGUAUAUUUGAUAAAAGAUUAAAUGAUGAAUUAAAUAAAUUUAAUGAAAAAUAUGAAUUAUUAUUAAAUGAAUAUAAUGAAACAAAAUAUCGUUUAAAUAAAUUAGAAAAUAUUAUACAAUAUAAUAAAAUGAAUAUUCCAGCAUUACCAUUACCAUUACCAUCAUCCUCAUCAUCUUCAUUAUUGUUACCAUCCUCUUCAUCCUCAUUCUCAUCCUCCUCUCCCUCAUCAUCAGAUUAUUUAUUAACUUCAUUGAAUUCAUUGAAAUCACAACAGUUCAAUGAAUCAAUCACUGAUAAUAAUGGUCAUAUGAUCAAUACAUUAAAAGAGAUUGAUACAAAAUGGUUAAUGAACUGGAAAAAUAAUGAAGAUUAUUUGAGUAGUUUAAAUAUUUCAAAGAACAAUUUAUUGGCGCCUAUGUUAACAACAACAGCAACAACAAGAUUGGAUGAACAACAGCAACACCACCACCAACAACAACAAUAUAAUUUAGAAAAACAAUCAAUACAAAAAAUAAAAGAUAAUCAUCAUAUAGAAUUUGAUAUCAAUCAUUUAUCUAAUUCAUUUAUUGAUUCAUCAGUGAAUGAGAAUGAGAAUAAUCAUGUAAAUUUUCCAAAAAAUUCAUUUCAUGAAUCUAAUAUAAGUCGAUUACAUAAUCAUUUUUAUAAUUUCAACAAUGUAAUACCAUCAUCGUCAUCAUCAUCAGCGUUAUCAAUACAUAAUCAACAUUUAUUAUGGAAUCAAUGGAUGGUUAAUUGUAUAAAUUCUGUUAAUGGAUUAUUAUCAUCAUCAUCGUCGUCAUUAUCAUCACAAUCAAUAUUGAAUAAUUAUGAAAAAAUUAAUCAUUUCACUAUGUCAGAUAUGGAAACUAUAGAAGAAAAUCAAGUAAGUUAUUAG